AUAAAAUUAUAUGGUCAUUUUCUGUUGUGAAAAAGAAGGUUCAAUGUAUGCAUGAAGCAUGUAAGGGUUCGUUCAUGAAUCCUCUACCUUUCUAUGCUUGCUUUUGGACUUUCAAAUUCAACAUUUUUUGUUUGUUUAAUUGUAACAUGGUUUCUAUGAUGAUCUCUAUUGUAUAGCAUCUACAGUUUUGGCUUUUAUUGUUCAGUUCUUUUUUAAAUCAUACUGCAAUUAUUGUCUUUCUAUGAUAACAGAAUUCUUACAGCAAAACCUGGUAGUAGUUUUUCAUGUGAUUGGCAUUCCCUGUGUGAGUUUAUUGUUCCAUUUCUUAAAGAGAAUUUGUUUCAGGUUUUAUGAAAUCUGCAAUAUCAUAGCAAAAGGUGCCUCAAUUGAUUAUUAUUAGAGAAUGGGAGAUGGUCUGUCAAGCUUUUGGGGUCCAGUCACAUCCACUGACUGGUGUGAGAAAAAUUAUGUUCAUUCAUCUUACAUUGCAGAGUUUUACAACACAAUAUCAAACAUCCCUGGCAUUCUUUUGGCAUUGAUUGGCUUGAUAAAUGCCUUGAGGCAAAGGUUUGAGAAGAGGUUUAGCAUCCUUCACAUAUCUAAUAUGAUACUUGCCAUCGGAAGCAUUAUAUACCAUGCCACACUACAGCGCAUGCAACAGCAAGGGGACGAAACACCAAUGGUAUGGGAAAUGCUCCUGUACAUCUACAUUCUCUACUCACCUGAUUGGCACUAUCGCAGUACAAUGCCCACCUUCUUGUUCUUUUAUGGAGCUGGAUUUGCAAUACUCCAUGCACUGUUUCGCUUUGGAAUUGUCUUCAAAAUACAUUACAUUAUUCUUUCUCUCCUGUGCAUCCCUCGGAUGUACAAGUACUACAUCCACACAACUGAUGUCUCUGCAAAGUGGCUUGCAAAGCUAUAUCUGGUGACCAUAUUAUUGGCAAGUAUAUGUUGGCUUUUUGACCGCUUGCUUUGUAAGGAGAUAUCUUUUUGGUACUUCAAUCCUCAAGGUCAUGCUUUCUGGCACGUCUUGAUGGGUUUCAAUUCGUACUUUGCAAACACAUUCCUGAUGUUCUGUCGUGCUCAGCAGCGAGGAUGGGAUCCAAAAGUUGUCCACUUCCUGGUUAUUUUCCCGUAUGUCAAGAUUCAAAAGCCAAAGAGCCAGUGAAAGAUUUGUUGCAUGUGUACUCUCUCCCUUUCUCUCGCUAUCUCGUAUUUUGGCGGGUCAGAAGCAUAGCAAUCACAAUUCUUUUUCGCUCUUGUUUUUAUAUGGAUGUAAAUGAUAAUUUGGUUAAAUUUUGACUGUAACAGUAGCGUUUUUUCCUUAGCAAAAGAGAAUUAGAAAUUAGUGUAGUUCCAACUUCCAAAUGCAUUGCGUGGUAGUUCUAUAAUUCAAUUUUUUCUCAACAAUUUUUUUGUAGAAAUGGAAAUGAUUGCCCCCAAUCUUCUGAACCCAUCCAUCCUCGUCCUUGCUCAACAGGUUUUUACUUCUCCUCCCAGCAUCUUCAGUUGUAGCUCUGGAAUGGUUCAUUUAAUUGCCAAUUUCCUUGUCAUAUUUCAUUCGUUUGUGAUUGUGGGGCUGUCUGGUGGAGGCUUUUCCAAACAGCCCCUUUGACUCGGUGAUUUUUGAGAGCCAUGUUUUGUUUUUUUAAUAUGCUGGUGGAAUGUAUGACUGGAAUGGUUGGAUAGUU